AUGACCACCAAAAAAGAAGGACACAUACAGUGGAUCGAGGGCCUCCGUGGCAUCGCGUCAACGCUGGUCUGGAUCGCUCAUGUUACACGGGCCUAUGAUCUUGACCUCUACUCUCCAGUCUCUGGCGAAGGAUUGAGACCACGACUUUUCCAACUUCCUUUCCUGCGGAUUUUGAUCCAAGGCCGAAUGGGAGUUAUUAUCUUCAUCUAUGUCACAGGCUAUGACAAGCUACCGCUAUCUUCAGCAGUCGGGCAACUCUUUGUCAAUAUUUUCAACACCUGGACGGGAGCUGGAAACAAGUAUGACGUUCAUCAGGGCACGCUCUUCGAACUGUUCAAAGGCGGGAUGUAUGUGCUUCUGUUCAUCACUGCAACUGCAAAGGUUCAAGCAAAGUUCAGAAUGGGCGCAUCAUUAAUCCUAUGGGCCUACCUUUGGGCUUGUGGCCGACCGUACCUUAUGCAAUUCUGGUGGGGAGUCUUCAUGAAUGACUUGCAUAACUCUAAACUGUCCCAGCGUAUCUCAUGGAGCAAGUCUAGGUAUAUCCCCUGUCUGGGUUUCUUGUCCGUAGCAGUCGGUCUGUUCAUCGCAUCAUUCCCUGAAAGCCGCAUUGAGUUGGCUCCCUGGUCACAUUGGCAAAAUCAGAUCUUAUCAGCAAUUGUCCCUAAGGACUCCGAAUUUCCCAAGUUCGCAUCUUCCUUCGGAUUCUGUCUUUUCACAAUUGGCGGAGUCUUGUUACCUGGGUAUACAGACAUUCUAUCCCAUCGUGUCCUGGUAUGGCUCGGCAAGCGGUCAUUCGCGGUGUAUCUUCUCCACGGUACGCUGCUAAGAUGGUUACUCACGUGGAUGGUAUAUGGAACUUCUCUAUCACCCACUCUACAGGUUCAACGGCCAGAAGGUGCUUCUCCAAAACUUGAAUAUGCGGGUAAUACGUGGCUACUCUUUUGUCUACCACCUUGGCUUGGGGUUCUAUAUGGACUCGCUGAGAUGUGGACAAGAUAUGUUGAUACGGCAGCUGAACGAUUCACCAAUCAGGUUGUUGCCUACAUUCGACAGGAGGAGCUGAAGGGCUUGUCAUUGGUCUGA